CAUCAGAGUGCCAUGAAUGGCUAAUGACAAAGCCAAGAAAUCAGUGGUCUUAAUCAGCUUUCCGGACAAAUGUUCACAGUGAUAUGUUUGUCAACAAUCACUGUGAAGUUUUCAAUAGCACUAUUAAGAAGUUCAGGGAUCUACCGAUAAUCUCAAUGUUUAGAGAGUUGCACAAAGCUGUGAUGCAGAGAAUCCAAGUCAGAAGGGACAAGAUGAUGAGUAAAGACAUUGUGAUAUGUCUUUCUCCCCAGAAAAAAUUGAAUAAGGCAAUACAAUGGGCUGGAAAUUGUGUGGUAACUUGGUCUGGAGGUACAAGUUAUAGUGUAACUUGUAUAGAUGGUGGCCAUGAGUUGGUAGUUGAUUUGGCCAGAAAAUCAUGCACCUGCAGGAAGUGGGAGUUAACAGGAAUUCCCUGUUACCAUGCUUGUGCUUGUAUAAGCCUUAAAAAUGAACCUUGGGAGAUGCACAUUGACUCAUGCUACACCAAAGAUAUGUAUCUCAAGUUAUAUAGCAAUACCCUGGAGCCAAUUGUUGGGCCAGAGUUUUGGCAUCAAACAAGUGAACCCAGGCCUCUCCCUCCUAAUGUUAGGAUUGCUGUCGGAAGGCCUAAAAAAAAUAAGUCAACAAGAAAUGACAUUCCCCAAGAUCCUGAAAAGCUUAGCAAGGUGGGAACCAUAAUCAACUGCACAUACUGCAAAGCUCAAGGUCACAAUGCUAGGACUUGUGCAGCUAAGAGAACUGACCUUGCAAAGAAGGCAGCAGAGCAGGGUACUACCCCAGUUGUUCCAAGAUCUUUUGUGGUCUGCAAAACUUGCAAGCAACAAGGGCACAAUUCAAGGACUUGUGCACUGAAGAACCAGCCACACCAAGCUAGAGACCAAAACCAACCAACCAUCCCGGAGCAGAUGCAGCAGGGAACUCAUCAAAGUACUCAAGCAAGUUCAACCACAGGAAUCAUAAGAAAGAAACUUGUUCCCAAGAGGCGGAGGGAUCAGCUAGAGAAUUGA